AAGUUGCAAUGGAAAAUACUUCUAGAAAAAAGAAAAUUCACAAGUGUGAUGUUUGUGAAAAAUGUUUCACUCAGUCAAAAGGUCUUAACAAGCACUUAAGAGUUCAUACUGGAGAGAAACCUUACCAAUGUGAUGUUUGUAAAAAGUGUUUUACUACUGCAUAUUCACUAAAUAAUCACACGAGAACACAUACUGGAGAAAAACCUUACCAAUGUGAUGUUUGUAAAAAGUGUUUCACACAGUCAGGUUCGUUCAAAGAUCACACAAGAACGCAUACUGGAGAGAAACCUUAUAAAUGUGAUGUUUGUAAAAAAUAUUUUACAGGGUCAAAUUCACUCAAUGCUCACAUGAGGAUACAUACUGGAGAGAAACCUUAUAAAUGUGAUGUUUGUGAAAAGUGUUUUGCACAGACAAAAACUCUUAAGGUUCACAUGAAAAUUCAUACUGGAGAGAGACCUUACAAAUGUGAUUGUGAUGUUUGUGAAAAAUGUUACACGCGGAGAAAUAAUCUUAAUAGACACUUAAGAGUUCAUUCUGGAGAAAAGCCUUAUAAAUGUGAUGUUUGUAAAAAAUGUUUUACAAUGGCAUGUUCUCUAAAUGAUCACCAAAGAAUACAUACUGGAGAGAAACCUUAUGAAUGUGAUGUUUGUAAACAGUGUUUUGUUGUGGCAGGUAAUCUUAAUGUUCACAUGAGAAUUCAUACUAGAGAGAAACCUUAUAAAUGUGAUGUUUGUAAAAAGUGUUUUGUUGUGGCAAGUAAUCUUACUGUUCACAUGAGAAUACCUACUGGAGAGAAACCUUAUAAAUGUGAUGUUUGUAAACAGUGUUUUGUUGUGGCAAGUAAUCUUACUGUUCACAUGAGAAUACAUACUGGAGAGAAACCCUAUAAAUGUGAUUGUGAUGUUUGUGAAAAAUGUUUCACUCGGUUAAAUAGUCUUAAUUAUCACAUGAGAGUUCAUACUGGAGAGAAACCAUACCAAUGUGAUGUUUGUGAAAAGUGUUUUACAAGGGCAAAUUCGCUCAAUGUUCACAUGAGAAUACAUACUGGAGAGAAACCUUAUAAAUGUGAUGUUUGUAAAAAGUUUUUCACAACGGCAAGUUCGCUCACUGUUCACAUGAGAACACAUACUGGAGAGAAACCUUAUAAAUGUGAUGUUUGUAAGAAGUGUUUUAGUCGUUCAGAUGGUCUUAAUCUUCACAUGAGAAUACAUACUGGAGAGAAACCUUAUAAAUGUGAUGUUUGUAAAAAGUCUUUUACUUGCACAGGUAGUCUUAAGGAGCACAUGAGAAUACACACUGGAGAGAAACCUUAUAAAUGUGAUGUUUGUAAUAAAUAUUUUACAAAGUCAAAUUCGCUCAAUGUUCACAUGAGAAUACAUACUGGAGAGAAACCAUAUCAAUGUAAUGUUUGUACAAAGUCUUUUACUUGCACAGGUAGUCUGAAGGAGCACAUGAGAAUACACACUGGAGAGAAACCUUAUAAAUGUGAUGUUUGUAAUAAAUAUUUUACAAAGGCAUUUUCGCUCAAUGUUCACAUGAGAAUACAUACUGGAGAGAAACCUUACAAAUGUGAUGUUUGUAAAAAAUAUUUCAGAAAGAGAUGUUCGCUCAAUGAUCACAUGAGAAUACAUACUGGAGAGAAACCUUAUAAAUGUGAUGUUUGUAAAAAGUUUUUCACAACGGCAAGUUCGCUCAAUGUUCACAUGAGAAUACAUACUGGAGAG